GGUCCCCGGGGCGGGGCCGGAGCCUCCCCUUGGGGCGUUGAGGGGAGGCAGACCCCUAUCCGAGCCCACCCGCGGAGGCUGCGGGCACCGACGGGUGCAUCUCCUCUGGAGAGGCGGGGCCGGGCACCCGAGCCGCCCCCGGGCUCCGAGGCUCCCGGAAGGUCCCCCCAGUCACCGAGCGCGACUGUGGGAGCGUUGGGGCUCAGGGGCGGCCUAGCGCCCCGGGUGUUAGCUGGGAGGGGGAGGGGAGGGGAGGAGUCUGGAAGGAAGCUCCCUCCCGAGGGGGGCCCCGAAGAAAUAAAGAUAAAGCGGAUGAUGCCUUCUGUUCCCCGUCCACGGCUUCCCUUCCCGCCUCCCUUCUCAUUUUAGUUUACAAAACAAACCACCCCCAAACCUGUGUCUGCUCCGGGCCAUUGAGAACCUGCCCUUCUUGCAUUCCUUGGAUUCGAUUUCAGUGUGCUGUCAUGUUGAAUCGUUUCUUAAUUAACUUUGCGGGGGGAAGGGGGGAGCACAGUCGGGCUUUACUUAGUAUGUGUUUCCUGAAACUCAUCUUUUCUUCUGAGGUCACUUCUUGCUCCAGCAGGGUUGUUUCCCGGUGAAAUAGACAGGGGGCGAAUCUGUCAGACAACCUACCAAUUGGGCUGAUGUGAAUGUUCCAGUCGCUUCUAACAGGCGUUAAUACCUGUUGGAAAUGGAUUCUCAUUGGCUGGGGCGAUUGGAGCAGUCAGUGGGACAGCAGUGUUCUCAAUGAAGAUCAACGGGGAAGGAAAGGGGUCACAUCAUCAUUAUUGGCCAGAAGAUCAACAGACCAGUAUGGCUGCCACUGCUGCUGUCAGUCCCAGUGAAUACCUGCAGCCCGCUGCCUCCACUGCCCAGGACUCCCAGCCAUCACCCUUAGCCCUGCUUGCUGCAACAUGUAGCAAAAUUGGUCCCCCUGCUGUAGAAGCUGCUGUAACACCUCCUGCUCCUCCGCAACCCACACCACGGAAACUCGUUCCCAUUAAACCUGCCCCACUUCCCCUCAGCCCCGGCAAGAACAGUUUCGGGAUCUUAUCCUCAAAAGGGAACAUACUCCAAGUCCAAGGUUCACAACUGGGCACAUCCUAUUCAGGCGGUCAACUGGUGUUUGCUAUCCAGAACCCUACGAUGAUCAACAAAGGGGCCCGGUCCAAUACCCACAUUCAGUACCAAACCGUUCCUCAGAUUCAAGCAGGCAGUGGGCAGACCAUCCAAGUGCAGCCUAACCUCACCAACCAGAUCCAGAUCAUCCCUGGCACCAACCAAGCUAUUCUGACUCCCUCCCCAUCCAGCCACAAGCCUGUCCCAAUCAAGCCCGCCCCCAUCCAGAAGGCCGGCUCUACAACACCUCUGCAGAGCCCAGGCAGCAUGGUGAAGCUGACGGGCGGUGGCGGCAAUGUGACCCUCACUCUGCCUGUCAACAACCUUGUGAGUGCCCCGGACUCGGGUACCCCGACUCAGCUGCUCGCUGAGAGCACCACUGCCCCACUGGUCAAGCCAAACAAAAAGAUGAGGAAAAAGGGCCUCCCUGCCUGCUCACAGCCGACCAUGGCAGUAGCUGAACAAGUGGAGACCGUGCUGAUUGAAACAACGGCAGACAACAUCAUCCAGGCAGGAAACAACCUCCUCAUUGUGCAGAGUCCUGGAGGGGGCCAGCCUGCUGUGGUCCAGCAGGUGCAGGUGGUGCCCCCUAAGGCAGAACAGCAGCAGGUGGUGCAGAUCCCCCAACAGGCCCUUCGAGUGGUGCAGGCAGCCUCAGCUACACUCCCCACUGUCCCUCAGAAGCCCUCCCAGGACUUGCAGAUCCAAACGCCUGAGCCAAUACCAACUCAGAUCUAUAUCAGAAUGCCUUCAGGGGAGCUUCAGACAGUCCUCCUCCAAGAACCCCCUUCGAUGACAGUGCCUGCUGCCUCCACCACCUCUUGUAGUAGCCCUGUAACCCGGGGCCCCAACUUGGGAGGCACCAGUAAAAAACAGUCAACUGCUGCCUCUCGGAAAGAACGGCCCCUGCCAAAGAUUGCUCCUGCUGGAGGCAUCAUCAGUCUGAAUGCAGCCCAACUGGCGGCCGCUGCCCAAGCUAUGCAGACCAUUAAUAUCAAUGGGGUCCAGGUCCAAGGUGUGCCUGUCACUAUCACCAACACUGGAGGGCAGCAGCAGCUCACUGUACAAAAUGUUUCUGGGAACAACCUGACUAUCAGUGGCCUGAGCCCUACACAGAUCCAGCUGCAGAUGGAGCAGGCACUUGCGGGAGAGGUCCAGCCAGGGGAGAAGAGGCGGCGGAUGGCUUGUACUUGCCCCAACUGCAAGGACGGGGAGAAAAGGUCUGGAGAACAGGGUAAAAAGAAGCACGUGUGCCACAUCCCUGACUGUGGAAAGACCUUCCGGAAGACAUCACUUCUGCGUGCCCACGUGCGCCUGCAUACUGGAGAGCGGCCCUUCGUCUGUAAUUGGGUCUACUGUGGAAAGAGGUUUACACGUAGUGAUGAACUCCAGAGGCACGCCCGGACCCAUACAGGUGACAAGCGUUUUGAGUGUGCCCAGUGUCAGAAGCGCUUCAUGAGGAGCGACCAUCUAACCAAGCAUUACAAGACCCAUCUGGUCACAAAGAAUUUGUAAAGCCAACGGCAUUGGAGGCCCUGCAGAUUCAACUCCAAUUCAGCCUGGGGCCCCCAGAGUCAAAGAGGCACCACGGCUGACUCCUUGCCCCCUAGUCCCUGACUGUGGCCCUGCAGAGAGGGGCUCCAAUUACCAUGUUUCUUCCUUCCUAAGCCAUUUGGCUGCCACAAGAGCCCCUCUUCCCUCCACCAUAAGCUCCUGGCCCAGAUCCCGGACAUUGGCCAUGUACAAUGAGACGUUCUCAACCAGGACGAGUGGGAACCUUUAUUUCCAAAGGAAAAACAUGAAUUUCACUCCGUCGAGGAGCCAAGUGAGUCCCCUUCCUUUCUCCUCCCCCAUCCCAUAGUACUGACAUGGCCCAGGGCAGGGGAGCCAGAAAGGAGAUGCAUACCCCUGUGCCAUCCCCUCUCCUGUGGGUCUGUCAUGCCCUCUUCCCACCUGAGGGCAGCAUGGCAGCAACAUACUGAACACCUGGGACAUGGUUCCAGAGCCCCCAUCCAAGGGCCACCCACAAAGAAAGUGGGAAGGACACCUGCCUCCCCUGCCCCCCCCAAAACAAAACACUUUCUUCCAGCACAUUCCAACUUUAUAUUUUAAAAGUAUAUAUAACCACAGACUCCUUCUGAUCUUCCCUGUUUUUCUAUGAAGAACGUUGCCUUAUACUCUACUUCAGAUAAUGAACACUGUGUAUUGUGUGCGCUUUUGAAUAAUUUUAUUUAAUUGCUUCCUUUCCUUAUCUCUCCCCUUCCCCCAUUCCUUUUUCAGUUUGGGGUUGGGGUUUUGUUUUUUGGACAAUGAUGAACAGAAAAACAUUUUUUUUCCCCUUUUCAUAGACUUUUCACUUCUAAAUAACGUAAAAUUUCAAUUUGAAUCCGGAGCCUGAUUCCUUUUUUUUAAAAACCCUCACACACACACAAACAUACUGUCCUCUCCCCUUUCCACUUUUUUCUCAUCCCACACCCCACUCAGAUCCCAUUUGUGUAUAGUGUAUAUUGUAUAAUAGACAAUAUUGUGUCUACUACAUGUUUAAAAACAUAUUGCUUGUUAUUUUUGAGGCUUUUAAAUUAAAACAAAAAUCCACUUUAUUUUUAGUUGUAACUGCUUGAGGUAUGUUUUUUGAAUUAAGUGACAGAUUUGUUAUCCUUUAUUAACAAUGUACUUUGUUGGUCAGCACAGAGCUGACAAAGAAUUUUUUUCUUGCUAAUAAAUUUAGUUGCCUGAGGCAAAGUCA